UGACAGCCGACCGGUUCGCACACGGUUCAACGGUUCCCCGGAGGGCCAAAAUUCGGUCGAGAUUCCGUUUUUUUUUGGCGCGGUUCCAUUUCGGGAGUCCGGACGUCGUCGUUCGUAGUGUUGGUUGCUGGUGUGUGGGUUUAUAGAGUCCUGGUGCUGGAUGUUCCGCGGCAGAAAAACAAGGGAUGACCCCGUUCGUCGUCGUCGUCGUUGUAGUCGCUGGGAAUCACAUGGUGAUGGGUUUACUACACAGUGAAAGCGGAUCGCGAAGAAGUGGUCCCGCAAGUGUUUGUGCAAAGUGUUUGCGUUUGUUUUUGUAAGAAUCGGGAGUUCCGCUUGGGUCUCUUUCUCUUUUUCGCUGCUGGAAAGGGAGGCGGUGUGGGGGUUUAAAGUGCUAUUUAGCAUUCGUUACCUGCUUGUCAUCCCGUGGAAUAAAUCUUUGCCAAGAAAGACAGACGGCGCUGGAUUUUUGGCCCAUCUGUGUACAUUCUGGAAGCUGUAUCCGGAACGCACCCAAGAACAGAAAGAAGAAGAAGCGGUGUUCAGAGUGCUAUCCCAGCUGCUUUUUUGUAGCUGUCGUUCGUCGGAUUAUUUCCGGGUUCCGGGAUUGGCCCAGAUCUCUGGCGGCGCACCGUGGCCUGGGGGGGCAACCCUGCGGUAUUGGUGAUUAAUGUGAAAAGUUGAAGGGCCGUUUUUUGCCAAGCGUUCAAUUCCGAAUCCCGCCGUCGCCGAGUGAGAACAAAGAAUAACGAAGCUGGCGACGUCGUGAACGGAGCCAUCGUGCACUACCAGGAGCAGCAGCAUUGUUGUGGUAGUUGUGCAAAAGUGCGCCGAAUGCACGAGAGUGUGCCGGAUAAGAGCAGUGCACUUGUCGCAAUUCAAACUGGUAAACCUUGACUAGAAUCUCUAAUCGUGGAUCUUUGGAACGCCAUGCGCGGCGGUGCCAGGCUGGACAAGCUGCUGUACCGGGACCCGGUGGAAAUGUGGCUGUGGUCCGCCACGAAGCCUGUCAACUACUUCAGAUACGCUAAUCAAGCGUCCAGCGACAGUCGGUACUCGGCCGCGGCCACCAUCGGUUACGGGUUGAUCCGGGACCGGCGUCUACACACGAACACGACGCUGCUGGACGCUGCCACGGGCGAGGACGGCUCGGCCGACGAUGGCGGCCCGGGUGGGACAACGGCCCUGAACAACUAUUGGGCCCUGUUGGCCACCGUGCUGGUGUUUGGCACGGCCGCCGGUAACAUUCUGGUCUGCCUUGCCAUCGUGUGGGAGCGGAGGCUGCAGAACGUCACCAAUUACUUUCUGAUGUCGCUGGCCAUUACCGACCUGAUGGUGGCGCUUUCGGUGAUGCCGCUUGGAAUACUGACACUGGUGCGAGGCUACUUUCCACUGCAGUCCGAGUACUGUCUGGUGUGGAUCUGUCUGGACGUGCUGUUCUGCACCGCCAGCAUCAUGCACCUGUGUACCAUCUCGGUGGAUCGAUACCUGUCGCUGCGGUACCCGAUGCGAUUCGGUCGGAACAAAACCCGGAAGCGGGUCGUGCUCAAAAUCAGCUUCGUGUGGCUGCUGUCGAUUGCGAUGAGCCUGCCGCUCAGUCUGAUGUACUCGAAGAACCACGCGUCGGUGCUGGUGGAGGGCACGUGCCAAAUUCCGGACCCGGUCUACAAGCUGGUCGGUUCGAUCGUGUGCUUCUACAUCCCGCUGGCCGUGAUGCUGAUUACGUACACGCUGACCGUCCGGCUGCUGGCCCAGCAAAGUCUGGAGCUGGGCGGCGGCGGCGGCGGAACCGGUGCCGGGUGGUCCAGCGGGUGGCUUGGCCAGGCACCGGCCCUGGACCGGCGCAACACCUGGAAACGAAUCAUCAAGCUGAGCCUGCCGGCGACGCCCAAUCACGCCCACUCGGCCGCGUCCACCGACACCGAACUGUCCACCCUGGACAAUCACGACCUCUGGCUGCUCGAGUCCAGUAUUCCGGAGCCAACGCCCACAACGAUGACCGCCCUGCACCAGUUUGGCGAGGAAAUGUUGAAACUUUCGCGGGGCCUGGAAACCGUGGCCAAGGCCGGGGAGGCCUCCUCAGUGGCCAACCGUGCCAACAGUCCGGGUUUGACGGCGGCGGCAGACGGGAAAAAACAUCCCUGCAGGAAAAAAUCCUCGACGCCGGCCGCGGUUCCGCCGCCGUCGCGGCCGCUCGUGCCCAAGAAGCGUCGCAGUUCGACGUCGGCGUGGAUCAACCGGCGGAACUCGGUGACCCCGCCCUCGACGACCGCCCGGAAGCGCUUCAAGAGUUUGCCGUUUGUGGUGCCACCGCCGGGCGAUAGCGCUGGGGACGUUACGGUGGACGACCUGCUGCUGCAGGAGGCGAUCCGGCGUUCGAGGGAGAGCCGCCGGACGGAGGACAGAGAGACGACGACCACCGACGACCACGAGGACAGCAGCCGAAGCGAGACGACCAGUGAGGGUGGGACGACGAGCGUGACGCUGCGGUUGCCACCGCCCUGCAAGUGUCCCUACUUUGGCGAGAGUUGCAGCCAGCAAAAGUACGAAAGCAUCCGGCCGGCCGAGAUCAAGAUCGUCAAGACGACGUCCAACUUUAGCUCGAUCUCGAACUUUGAAACGCAGGUCUACAGCAACAACGUCUCGACGCGGUCCACGUCGAGCAGCCUGUCGACGCUGCCCGCUUCGGCGCUUGUUUCGCCGAGCAAGAGCAAGUUCAACAACCUGAAGGGCGUCUCGGUCGUCACGUGGGACUCCCGGCGUCACCAGCGGCGUGGUUCCAGCUUCGGUGGCGCCCGCACCUCACUGCUGUUGACCCCGACGAAGCCACCGGCCGUCUCCCUGCGUCGAUCGGCCACCCUGCGGAACCACUCCGAGGGAACGCCAUCGAUUGUGGUGGGCGGUCCCGGUGGAGUCCCCGGCAGUGCGUCGGACUGCCGGAGUCCGAAGCAGAACAGCUCGACUCCGUGUUUGCUCCAGCGGCAGACCACGAUCCGGUCGCACCACUCGCGCAACUCCAGCGUCAUCUCGCGGAACUCGUCCCGCCACGGCCGCAUCAUCCGGCUGGAGCAGAAAGCCACCAAGGUGCUCGGGGUGGUCUUCUUCACCUUCGUUAUCCUGUGGGCGCCGUUCUUCGUGCUGAACCUGCUGCCGAGCGUGUGCCAAGACUGUGAGUCCCGGAUCGCCCAGUGGGUGUUUGAGGUUGUCACGUGGCUCGGCUAUGCGAGCAGCAUGGUCAACCCCAUUUUCUACACCAUCUUCAACAAGGCGUUUCGGGACGCGUUCAAAAAGGUGCUCCUCUGUCGGUACGGCUCGAAGCCGGCGUGGCAACCGCCGAGCAGCUAGCACCACGCUGCCGCCGCCACAACUGUCACCGUAACACGGCCCAUGGCCAACGAAUCGGUCUAACUAAACACACCCACACACAGUAAUAGAACAAUCAAAACGCACUAUUUGGAGGAAAACUUGGUGUUUCAUUGUUGCAAAGUAGUGCGAUAGUAACUUUUGGAGAUGUUGUUGUGUAUUAGAGAAUAUCAGAGUAAAUGUUUAUACCAGAUUAGUAGAAAAAAAAA